UGCCGGGAUAGUAGAAAUCAUAUUAGAAGUUGUAUUUGUAUGAAUUACUCGGAGUUGAACCACUAGCGUGUGUUUCGGCGUAUUAUAGACCUCUGGUAGCAAAGUGGGAAGGUUGGCACUACAUAAAUACUUAACGAUAUCUAAUAUAACUCAAUUCAAAACAAUGAAAAGAAACAUGUCCUCAAAUGUCUUCUCAAUUAAUUUAGAAACAUUUUAUCACAACAAGCAAAAUGUGUAUAAUUGAUAUUUUGGAAAUAACGUAAUAUUUUUUCUCAAUCCAUGGUGAUAAUUUUGUACAGAGCGAUGUCUUCGCUUACUUUGAGUAAAUUAAAAAAAGCACCGAUAGGAAAGAUUGAUAAACAACGAAAAAAAAUUAACCGGUUUGAUGGAUUAACGGAAGAAGAAGUGCAAAAGUAUACUUUGCCAGAUUAUUUGGAAAUGAAUUUAGAUAUAGUUUUCGUCGGUAUAAACCCAAGUUUAAUGGCAGCCCAUCGUGGUAGAUACUACGCUGGUCCAGGUAACCAUUUUUAUAAACUUUUGCAUGAAUCAAGACUAACAUCUCGAUGUUUAAGUUACGAAGAAGAUCAUAAACUUCUUCAAUUUAGAAUUGGUUUAACAAACAUAGUAGCUCGAGCUACAAAGUCUUCUGCUGAUUUAAAGCGUACAGAGAUUAAAGAGGGUUCUAAAAUUGUAGAAGAAAAAUUAAAACUUUAUAAGCCAAAGAUUGCUGUUUUCAAUGGCAAAUGUAUCUAUGAAGUAUUUGCUAAUAAAACAGAUAAUUUCAAUUUUGGAUUACAACCAGAAAAAGUUGAUGAAACUGCAAUUUGGGUCACUCCAUCAAGUAGUGCGCGUUGUGCAAAUUUUCCAAGAAUGACAGAUAAAUUACAUUUCUUUACUUCCUUGAAAAAAUAUUUGCAGUUCCUAAAAGGAGAAAUCAAAGAUAUUGAUAUGAAAGAAUUCUUGUUCGAAGGAAAAUGCAAACAGUUUAUUCCACAAACGUCAAAAAUGUGGCGGCGAAAAAAUAUGUCUACAUUCCUACAUGGAGGAAGAAUUGCUAAUAAAGAUACAAUAUGUCUAGAUACAUCUGAUGAAAAUGUAGCAAUAGCACAUAGUACAGAGUUCAUUGUAAAGAAACUUGAACCUGAUAAAAGUGAUAAAACUGAUGAAAUACUUGAUACAGAUGAAUCUGAUUCAUCACAAAAUUUUGAGGCAUGUAUUUCUCAAGAUAUUGUAAAAACAUUUUUUGGAAAUGAUGAAACUUCACAAAAAGAACAAUCACUAGCUGUAAAGAAUGUAAAAAUCAAACAACCCAACAAUCAAGCUAUGACCAGUGAUAUAAAAAAAUCUAAAUGCCAAACAAACAGGAAAGAGAAAAAGAUUGUUAAAAGAUUUCCUAAUAAACCAGUUAGAAGUAAAGAUCUUGAAAAUAACACUAAUGAUUUUAUAAAUUUGAUAAAACAAAGACUGAUAGGAAAACUAAACAAUUUUGAUGAAUAGAUUGGACGUGUUUUAACUUGUAACAUUUGUUAUUAGUAGCAUACAAUUUAAUUAUAAUAUAAUUUAAUAUUAGAA